AUGAUCAGUAUUUUGUUGCUCUUGUUCACCAUCAUAAUUAUUACAUGCAUAUAUUUCUUAUUCCAAAGACAUAAUAAAGUAACCAUCAAUGACGCAACCGAAUUGUUAUACCUGUUUGAAAGAAAUAAAGUUUUACCAAUAGACCCAACAAACAAAUGGUCCUUAAUUGAAGUUAGAAACACUUUGAGGGUAUGGUCUCGAACUUUGACACCCGGCCGUGACUACUCCUUGUUGAAAAUUCAGGCUUCAUUCGCGAUUCUUAACGAUUCUUUAAAUGUGGUGUGUAACAUUAUCAGAGAUUCCAAAACUCAGAAAAAUUGGAAUUCUAUGAUUCCAAUGAAUUCAAAAAUCAGAGUUAUCCCACUACAAGCGAUUGAAAACUUUGGAAAUUUUCAAAAAAGAUCAAAUAUUUCAAUCGAAACUAGUAACUUCAAUAAGGAAAACGUAACAUUAGAGAGAAAAAAAUAUCGAAGUAAGGAUGGAAUCGUUGGAUUUGCUGGAAAUUGGAUCAACAAUUUUCUUCUUGAUGUCGACGUAGAGAGAUCUUGGCUUCAACAAAAUGAAAAUGUUUUCUGGCUUUUGGAACAUCCGAAAAAUUUUGAAUGGUGGAUCUUCUACCUGGUAACCACUAUCGACGAUCAAAAAGAUAAAUGCAUACUAAACGUCAUAACAAACGAAAGUUAUGCAAAACCAACACACCUGUUGGCCAUAAUUUUCGGUAAAUCUCAAAUGUGGAUAAACCAUCCAUCUGAUCUCAUCAUGGGGUUUCGAGAUUUCAUCGAAAAUGAGAAAAGCACAAACUCUUUAGCAUUUUCUCAGUUUCUAAACAGCAUUUCGGAGAACCAGCAGAUAAACUUUGCCACUGAUGCCCACGGUAGUUUAGGAAAAUCUGAUGGAAAUUUUCCAAAGCGUAAGAAUCCUGAUGACUUAAAGAAUAGUGACAUUUCGUUUUUUCAAAAAUUAAAAAAUAUGAUUGAAGAAAAAAAAGAUGAAGUGGAACAAACUACAGCCAAGUUGAGAAGAAGUUUUUCGAAUUCUGAUAGUUCCGAUUUGAAAGGUGACGGUGAAAUCUCUCUCAAUCCCAUUGAAAUAAUUAAAAGAAUCAGCUUAACAGGGAUUUUAUUUGACGAUAAAAAGAACGAAACUGAGGUUCACGCCGAUUUGAACGAUGCGAUGCCUAUUAAGAAAACAACCGAUGGAAAAAAAGGAUGGAGAGAUAUCUCCGAUGCUAUUUCAAAAAUCGCCGAUGAGAAGAAAAUUUCGAAAAACGCCGCGCACAGAACUAACAAAGAUCAAAUCUCCGAAAUCGAUGAAGCCGACAGAGAUUUGAUUCAAUGCUUGGAUACAAUGAUCGAUAAUGCUGCACUGGACGUUAUUGCUGAGAACGGUAAAAUAGCCAACCUGAAUAUAAAAUCCAGUUUGGACGACCAAGCCAUACAAUCCGGCGGAUGGGUGUAUUGCGGCCUGGAGAAGGAUACGGUCAUAUUGAAGAAAUCAUCUGAUCUGACUAUUCCUUUGCACAGUUACAUAAGCAGAGGCAUGAUAUCCUGUCCGCCUAAGAUGAUCUAUGAACUUCUCAUUUCUCCAACAAGUCGAUUAACAUAUGAUGAUGCUAUCAAGGAUGUUGAGGUAAUAAAAGAAUUCGAUUGCGGAAUAAAAAUAGUCCGCCUACUGUACGAGAUAGGACAGAACUUCAAGAGGGAAUUGCACGAGUUUGUGGUGUUGCAGGGCGAAAGAAUGGAGGGCAUGAAGCACAUCAUUACCCUGCAGUCAGUCGACUGGGACUACCUGAGCAGCAAGGCAAGCAGUGCAAACAAAACUGGCGAUGCAAAUUUUUCAACAAACGCCAGUAGCUGCGGCGUUAGUUACUGCGGUGGUGGUAGUGAGAACUUAAAUGGAAGCAGGAAAAAUUCAACUUCGAGAUCAACGGAAACGUCUGACGCCCUGAAGAUGAAGUUGCCCCGACAGAAGCAACAACUACAACAGAGGCAGCAGAACCCGAAAAAGCAAAUCAUUGAUGAUGCUAUCCGAGCAAAAAUGUUUUCAAGCGGUUGGAUAAUUGAGCCAGUCAUGAAGACGGACAAGUUGUGUUCAAUGGUCACAUACAUUUGUCAGAUGCAGCUGGGAGCAGGCAUGCGCCAGGGACAGACGUACAUGUCGGAAGAAGUUGCAGUGAAGCAGCCACUCUGCAUCGUCCACCUCCGCAACUACAUCGCCAAGACGGCCGCCAAAGAUGACGCGAGCAACAAAAUGACGGACAAUAAGAGAAACAAUUCCGUCACUUUGUCACUUUCGAACGCGUUGGCGAGAUUUAAGAAUGGAUCUGUUGAUCGAGUUGAUGAGGAGGAAGAAGAGGAAGAAGAAGUGGAAGAGGAAAAAGAUUUUGGGAGAGAAGUUCUUGUUUAAGGUGAUGCAACGUCGUAAAAUUCAAUUUAAAUAUCAUUUAUUUUUACGGUGCAAUGAUUGUAUUUGAUUUUGUCACUUGAAUUUUCAAGUUUUCAGACUAUUUUAGUAAAUAAUUUAGAGCAACAGUAAAUCUUUCUUAUGUUGGCUGGUUAUUCACUGUUAGAAAAGUUUUCAUUUUUCAAUUAAGCAUUUUAACUAAGUAGGUAGAAAGAAAUCGUAAAAAAUUAACGAAAAAUUGCUGUUUAAUUAUUGCAACGGAAAUAUUUUUCUAAAAAAUUUAUUUAAAUGUAUAUAUUUUAACCUUCAUGUCAUGGCCUUAAAAGUGUUUUUACAAUUAAAAAUGAAUUUGUUCACAUGCUGUUUAUGUAUGUAUUUUACGUUGUCAACUUAUUCAUCUAGCAACACCAGUAUUUAGCUGUUAAACGAUUGAUGAUGGCCAUACACA